AUGGCCGAUGUUGAAGAGCCACAGUUUACCACCCUCGCGCAACGUAUUGCUGCAUUGAAGCAACAACAAGCGGGGGACUCUGCCCCUCCGAAUAAUAGUUUGAUAGUAGCCAAACGACCUCCACCACCUCCUAUUCCCAAUUCCGAUAGACCUCCUCUUCCUACAAGACCAAAGACUGCCAACAAUCCUCCAAUUGUCACAUAUGGUUCUUUUGUUGGCCAGAAACCAUUCAAUGAGCCUCUUGGCACAAAAGCCAACUCGAAUCCAGUCAAUGGCAAUGCCCCAGUUAAUAAUUCCAAGAGUCCUGCUCUCCCAGCUCGAAAUGCACCUCCUCCAUUACCCACGAGAAAAGCCUCGACUCCAAAUCUGCCACCAAGAAGAGCAUCUACUUCUACACAAUUGGCAAGGAGAGAUUCGGGGGACUCAACCAUUUCACAAAUGUCUACGGUCUCGGCCAUGUCAUUGAAUAGUUAUGGCAGACCUGCAUCUUCAAUCACAUCUAUAGGAUCAAAAGAUGGGAGAAUGUUACCUCCCCCCUUGGAUAUGGCAAAACUUCCACCUCUACCACCUUCAAGAAGAGAGUUACAAGAGAAGGCAAGGUUAGAGCAGAAGGCUAAAUUCCCUCUCGUUUCUACCAAGUCAGCUCCAGUUAUUCUCAAACAACCUCCAGUCGUUGAACGUGAAUUGCCACCCAAACUGCCAUCAAGAUCAAAUGGCCCACCUAAAAUGCCUCCUAGACCCAUUGCAAAUGUAGAAGAUGAGAAUUCAGUCUCUCUACCACCGCGAAGAUUACCACCUCCAUCCCAUACUCGUUCUGUUCUAUCCCUAGGAUUUGGUAACAAAUCUACCGAAACACCAAACCCAUCACCAGGACCAACACCUACAUACAAUAGGCCCCCCGGUCCUGCUGUUCAAGAAUUGAAUGCCAAUAAUUUUGAUCGUAUUAUUCUCUCCGGAAAAUUUGCUCUUGUGGACUUUUAUGCUCCAUAUUGCAAGUAUUGUGUCGAAUUGGAUCCACAUUAUAAACAGCUUGCCGAGGAUUUUGCAUUUGCUUCUGACAGAAUUGUGAUUGCAAAAGUUGAUGUUGAUGCACAUAAAUCUUUCUUGGCAAGAUAUGGUAUUGAAGGAUAUCCGACCAUCAUGUUCUUUGACGGAAGUGGAGAUGAUCCGGAAAAGUACCAAUAUAUGAGAGAAACGGACGCCAUGACAAAGUUCUUGACUGAAAAGACUGGAAUAUCACCAUCUGAUGCACCAAAACCUGGGGGAGGAGCACCACCACCUAUUAACCUUCGAUCCAAGCCAACGUCGGCUCAAGUAAAAGCUGUAAGUGUUGCUCCAACUACAUUAUCUUCUCCAUCACAGGGCUGCCUUUUAUGUCGAGACUUUUCUGGUCCGGAUCAAAUUGCAUCAAAAUAUUCAAGGGAAUUCCUUCCAAGGUCCCCUGAUAAUACAGGAUAUCUUGCUGAUGUUCUUUGUCGUCCUUUCAGCUCGCCCACUGAUAAAGCUCGUGCUAUCUUCGUUUGGCUUCAUCAUAACAUCGCUUAUGACACUGGAGCUUUUUUCGGGAACCGAGUCAAAAAUGUUACACCUGCCGAUACUAUUAAAACUGGAUUAGCUGUCUGUGGUGGAUAUGCUGGUCUUUUCACGGCUAUUGCACUUAAAGCAGGACUCGAAGCUAUCAUGGUAACUGGUCAUGGAAAAGGAUUUGGUUAUACACCUCUUAAACCAGGAGAAUCGUGUCCACCGCCUAAUCCUGGUGGUCAUGCCUGGAAUGCAGUACGUAUCGAUGGAGGGGAAUGGAAGCUAAUUGAUCCUUGUUGGGGUUCCGGACAAUUAGGAGAGAAUCAAAUGUACAACAAAAAUUUGAUCUCAUCCUACUUCACCAUGUCGAAUGAAGAAUUUGGCCUCAAGCAUUUUCCAGCCAAUAAGUCACAUUUCUUUAGGAAGGAUAGGAGAGCUUUAACGUGGGAAGAAUAUUUCAUUGGAAAUAUUGGUGGUGAACCAUUACAGAUUUUUGGUUCUGUAGAAGAUUGUCAUGGUAUCUCACAAACUUCAAUUACUCCACCUCAAAAAUACAUACAAGCCUCACCCACAUCCAACGAUAUGAUGCGAUUUCAAUUCUCAAAAGUCUGUGAACAUUUUGACUUUGAACGAAAUGGUCUCGGUAAACCUUAUUGUCUAGUUUUGAAGAUAGGAGGAGUGGAUGGAAGAAAUGAUGAUAUGGUAGCAUUUGAUUUUGACGGGUUUUGGUGGUGGGUCGAUGUGGGAGUUGGGGAAUUGGGAGUGAGAGGUCAGACGAUUAGUUUGUAUGCGGUUACGGUGGUUGAUGGAGAGGAUGCGAGGGGAAUGACGAAGAGAGGGUAUGAGGGGAAGAAGGGGAAGUGUGCGAUGGCAUUCGCGGGGGUUGCGGCGUGGGAGUUGAUUUGA